AUGAAUUUGCACAGUCGAGACAUGCUUGAUCGGAAUCUUUUACGAUAUUAUCACAUUAUGUCAGAGAUACCCGGUUAUUAUUGGGAUCCGGAGAAGCGGCGCCAUUUUAAAAUUCUACCAUCUUAUUCCAAUAUACAAGGUGCCAUUACACAAACGCAUAUAAAAUUAGAACAGAGAUUACAAAAACAAAACGAAUUCAUGAAUAAUACGAAACAGAAUGAUAAAGAAGCAUUUGUUACUGGCCAAAAGAAACGUCGUCGACAGCGAUCUCUAUCAAAUAAUACCAGAAAAAAGUCCAAAGAAGAACUUGCAAAAAUAAUAAAACCAAAAUCAAAUGUUCGUCUACUUCGUGAAAGAGAAUAUGGUCUGUCAACUAUAACAAAUAUUUAUCGAACAAAGAAAAAUGGUCAAAUAUCGGAUCGUGAUUUGAAACCAAUUUUCUCUUAUAUAAAUACUCAGGACACUGAUAAAUAUCAUGUCCAAUUAGCCAACGAUGGUUAUUGUAUUCAAGUAACGAGUAAUCACAUAUCAUUACAAGAAUUGAAUAAUUCAUUAUUCCAUGUGUGCUAUUACAGUCAAUACAAAUUACCUAUUCAAUCGGAACAAUCGAGUUUUUAUAUUGACAAACCAGCUGGAACAUCAGUGAUCAUGUCAACAACUCAUACAUCGUAUAAUCUGAAUACUGUAACGGCACAAUUUAUUGAAUUACCCGUAAUCAACCAAGAUGAUAUUAUGCAAAGUAAUCAAGGUUACGAACUUUGUCGUAUGAACUGUGAUAAACAAGAUAUAGAUCCUAAAUAUUAUCGUAAACUAUCUCGUACACUUCGUUUGGCUCAUUAUGAUGAGGAAGAGAUCGAUAAUUUUGAAUUAUCGUAUAUUCCGGCAUCGAAUGCACUCGGUCCCUGUUGUUAUUCAAAUUCGUUCGCACAUUUCACAUUUAACGUUAAUAAUCAAUUAUCUAUUUAUGACAUGAACACAUUUAAAUCAGUAAUAUGUAAAGAUUUGAAUAUAAAACGGGUUUGUUUAUGUGAUACCAAGUUUUCAACUGAAAAUUCACAACUGCUCUAUUUGACCGAUGGACAUCGAUUGCAAAUGUACGAUCUAAGAGGGAAUGAUGUAAGAAAAUUUUCAAAUGAAAAGUGUUCAAUGAUUAAAUGUUUGAAACGAAAUACAAAUUAUUUGUUAACAAGCUAUUGGAAUGAAACAGUGUCAUUGAAUGAUAUAAGAAUGAGAAAAUCAAUAUUUAAUUAUGAAACAAAUGCUAUAUCAUUUAGUGACUUAAAUCCUAAUUUUACAUUUACAAUUGAUGAUGAAACAGAGAAUUAUGUUAGCGCCUGUUCACAAUAUCAUAUUGCGUACAUUUGGGAUUUGAACGAUGGGUCAUUGAUCAAUCAAUUUCAAUGCCCACUACCAAAACGUAAGAUUUAUAUGCAGACAAAAUCUACCAUCGCAUGUGUGAAAGAAAUGCCAGUGAUGAUCGUUUAUCAUCCAGAAUACACAAAACUCGUUACAAGUCAAGGUGGAUUACGUGACUGA